CUUUCCUUUUCCUUCCACUGCAUCUCAUUGCAGCGCAUUAUUCAAGCAAGAAGGAUGAAACCAUUUUUUUACCAUCUCUUAGUCUGCUCUUUACUUCCACUAUCUGCCAAAGUUAUAGAAGCUAAAGAGCAACAGCAACAACCAUUUUCUCUUUACUCAUUUGACAAAUCUUUGCCGAACGAAGAUUUAGCAUACUCUGCCAAGCUCGAGAAUGAGUUAACAGAGAUAACAUCACAGUUAUUUGAACCAACAGCCAUCAAGACAUCUUGCAGUAGCUGUAUCUCUUUAUUACAAGCAUUAAAGAGAAUGUCUCGGAUGUCCGAAGUGUUUUUCAUUAAUUCUUUGAUAAAAAUCUGUAAAAAGUCCGAGAAAGUAGACGAUGAAGUGUGUGAUGGAGUAAUAAGAGAGCAAGCACCGAUUAUAAGACAAGUGUUACCGACACUUGAUAUUUCUGGUCGAGAUGGUCAUUUGAUGUGUGCAGCCGUUAUUAAUUCAUGUCCUUACCCAGAGGUCGACCAUUGGAAUGUAACUUUUCCCAAGCCUAAACCUACCAAGUGGAGAAAACCACUAUCAUCGGGCCAUAACAUGACAAUAUUACAGCUGAGUGAUUGGCACAUUGAUCCGGAAUAUCAGGAAGGGACAGAGACCUUUUGCGAUAAACCGAUAUGUUGUAGAACUGCCUAUACAGACUUUGGCAAUGUGACCAAAUCCUCAUCUAAAUGGGGCGAGUACAGCUGCGAUACUUCCCUUGAUUUAAUAAAAUCAAUGCUCAACUACAUCCCGACUGUAGAACCCAAUAUUUCAUUUGGCAUUUUGACAGGUGAUGUGCCACCUCAUGAGGUGUGGCAUACUUUACCCCCACUGAAAACGCAACUGAUUCAGGAUGAAAGCUAUCGAUUGUUACAUCAGUACUUCGAUUCACCUUUUCUAAUAAAUUCUAUGUUGUACCCGGCGGUCGGUAAUCAUGAAUCAGCGCCCACAAAUAACUUUCCUUUAUCGGCUUCUUCAACCCCUUCGACGGAUGUGCGUAACAGUCAUAGCAAUCACCAUCAUAAUCAUACAUUGUCUUGGCUGUAUCAUAGUUUGUCAGAAAGUUGGAAAGGAUGGCUAACACAUAAAUCGCAGCAGCAGUCAGUGAAGAAUAAUAUGGGUAGCUAUGUAGUGAGGCCUGUACCAGGGUUAAAGUUGAUCAGCUUGAAUACGAACUUUUGCUAUGUGUUAAAUUGGUGGCUAUACCAACAGCCUACGCAUAGAGACCCUAAUGGCGUUCUCGAUUGGCUGAUUACCGAGCUACAAGAUUCUGAAGAUCAGGGCAGUGAACGUGUCUGGAUCGUAGGCCAUAUAGCUCCCGGUGAUAACACAUGUCUACAUGAUUAUGCCAAUUACUAUUAUCAGAUUGUCGAUCGCUAUUCGCAUAUAAUAGCUGCACAGUUUUUUGGACAUACUCAUAGAGACGAAAUGACUAUUUUUUAUAGCAAAGAUAGUAAACAAAUGGCAGAAAACGCAAUUUCUGUAGGAUACGUAGCACCAUCUAUAACACCUUUUCUUAAUCUCAACCCUGGUUUUAGAGUGUACAAAAUUGAUACAGGCACGUUUGAAGUGAUCGAUUCUAUCACUUAUAUUGCCAACUUGGACCAAGCCAGCACUUGGAAAGAUGAGGAUGGACCCAACUGGCAUAAAGAAUAUUCAGCUCGAGAAGCGUACGCUUCUGCACAAGCUAAAUUGUCCUCUCCAAUGGCACCAUUAUCUCCUGCUUGGUGGCAUCAAGUUACAGAAGAUAUGGAAGACCCGACAAUGGACACUUUUGAUAAAUACUACCAUUAUCGAUCCAAAUUAUCGCCUGUUCCAGACUACGAACUUUGUUUAGAAAAUGAAGAAUGCAAAAAGAAAGUUAUCUGUGGUAUCCGAGCUGGUAAAUCCGAAUUAAGAUGCGAUUUUGACCCAGAUUAUUUUCCUGGACUAUUAUCGCUUCAAUCAAAGGAAACAGCAGAGCAAUUGAUAGCAACACAGCAAGGAUUUGCGUCGCUGCAGUUACAAACAGAAGAGAGUGGCUGUGGUUUAAGGUUAAUGGGACAUCGACAUUAGUUAGCUUGGGAUUCUCUUUUUUGAAUUUUUUUGCAUGAAUAAUCCAACCAAUGGCAUUGUAAUUCUAUGUGGCUUUUUUGAGAUUUUCCUUCUCCCUUCAGGAAAAAUAAAUGGGAAAUCAGAUUUCUUUUUUUGUAC